AUGGCAAUCAUCACCAUAGUAAAAGCAUGUAUCGUGCGUUUGUUGUUCGCCGUUCACGGAAUCUUGGCUAUCUGGAGAGUCGCUGACGUCAAACACGAUCCGUCUUACUGGUGUCUACUGGUAUCGCUAAUGGGGCUCGUUUGUGAAACAACGCUAACGCUGAAACUAAGACACGGCGAGGAGUGGAAAUGGUUCUGUCCCAGUGUGCUAUUUUAUCUUGGAUGUGUUCUACCGUGCAUGUGGAUAUUAGAACUGGAAAAUAUGGAGAAACGUCUUGUUUAUCGAGACACCCACGGUUUGGCAAACUGUUCGGAAAUCAAUAUUUUUGAUAAGUACGAAAGCCUCGUUGCUUCUAAUGGGGUUGAGUUGCCGAUCUCGUUUAGAAGCAAUGAUUGGGUGUUAGCAAUGCAACAACUAUUAUUAGGACUACUCAUUGUAGGAAGAUGGAUCCUCCCAAAAGGAGAAAUAACACGUGACCAGCUAUCGCAAUUGCUAUUGGUCUAUAUUGGAAUAGCUGCCGACAUCUUGGAGUUUCAAUGA